AUGGUCAGCUCGUUCAUGUCCAAAACUACAGUCUUCGUGUCGACUUUGCUAGCGUCGCUAACUGCCGUGAACGCUGAGUUGGAGACCGUCAAGCUGUCGCAUCCGCAUGGCUCCAGUGCCGAGGUCUUCCUAUUCGGCGCCCACGUCAAGUCGUUCCGCGCCGCAACGGACCCGAAGGUUGACGUCAUCUUCAUGUCGAAGGACUCAUUCAUGGAUGGCGUGAACCCCAUUCGUGGCGGCAUCCCUGUGGUGUUCCCUAACUUUGGCGGCGCCCCUGGCUUCCCUAACCACGGCUUCGCUCGCAUCACCAACUGGGCUGUGGCCAGCACUAAGGAAGCUACCGACAACAGCCCCAGCGUGGCAAAGUUCACCAUGGCGGCCAGCAACUCUACUCGUCAGAUGUGGCCUGUAGAUUUCAAGCUUGAGUACGAGGUGAAGCUGUACGCUAACGAGCUUCAGACUGCGCUGCGUGUGCAAAACACACACACGGAACAGAUCGAGUUCCACACGCUACUGCACAAUUACCUGUGGGUGGAUGACUCCCGUAAUGGCGGUGUGGCGGUGUCGGGCCUCAAGGGAGUCGACUACUUCGAUCAGGUGGCCAAGGUGAACAAAACGGAGACUCGCCAGUCCGUCACAUUCACCAACUCCACGGCGCAGACCGGAAACACGUACCUGGACGCCCCGGACAAAAUCGUCGCGACCAUCAAAGGUGUCAGCACCAAAGACCGCUCUGUGACCGUCCAGAAGAAGGGCUUCAUCACUGGUAAGAAAGGUCAGAAGGCGAUCAAGACCAAAACCGACGCCGUCGUGUGGAACCCCGGUGCCGAGCGUGCCAAGAAGCUGGAGGACUUCGGUGACGAGGAGUACAUCAACAUGGUUUGCGUCGAACCUGGUCGGGUCAGCGUCAAGCAACCUCUUCCGGCCGGCCACACCUACACUUUGCAGCAGAGUAUCACGGUCAAGCCCACACAACUGUAGCUGUACGGUUGUUAACUGCGUCUAGGAUCGAGUGAAUAAUUGUGCGCUCCUCCAAAUUGUAUUCUUCUGUCGGUCAAUUUGCCAGCGUGCUAUGAUUCUCGUUUUAUUUUUG